AUGUCAUCAAUUUUGCAAACCUUGUAUGGAAAAUUUACAAAUUUGUCAAGAGGGCUUUAUCAUAUUCAUAAUCAAAAAUUUAUUCAUCGAGAUUUACAUAGCGGUAAUAUACUUUGUGGCAGAACUUAUAGCAAGAAUCAUGCGGUAAUAAGCGAUUUAGGAAUAAGUAAGUCUUCAACUGAAUCAACAGAUAUUGAUAAUAUUUACGGAAUUAUUCCUUAUAUUGCUCCUGAGAUUUUUUUAGGACAAGAGUAUACUACAGCUGCAGAUAUAUAUAGCUUUGGUAUGAUCAUGUGGGAGUUAAUGACGGGUAGAAAACCUUUUUGGGAUCAAGAUCAUGACACAGAACUUAUAAUUAAAAUAUGUGAUGGUAUGCGUCCUCCAAUUGUCACCAAUGCACCCGAGGGUUAUAUUGGAUUAAUGCAAAAUUGUUGGAAUUCUGAUCCAAAUAAAAGGCCAACCACUGAUUAUUUAAAGAAAGAAGUUAGUUCUGUUAUAAAUAUUGAAUGA